AUGCCGGCGCCAGGAUCCGCAGCGGUUGACGUCGACGAGCCCUGCUCCGCCUCGGCCAUCAUCGCGGGCACGGUGACAGAGAACCACCUGCUCCACGUGGAGGGAUACUCCCGCACCAAGGAGGACACUCCCAAUGGCAAGUGCAUCAAGUCUUGCCCUUUCAGGGUUGGAGGUCGCUCCUGGCACAUCUGUUACUUCCCCGAUGGCGAGCGUUCCCAGUACGCCGAUUACAUAGCCAUAUUCAUCUCCCUUGUAGAGAGUGCUACAAAGCCAGUCAAGGCGCGAGCCAAGUUCAGCCUGAUGGAUCAGAACGACGAGCCGGUGCCGUCGCACUCGAGACAUAUUCUUGCUGCGCGGUCGCCGGUCUUCAAGGCAGAGCUCCUUGGUGCCAUGAGAGAGGGCACCGCCACAGGGGAUUGCAUCCGGAUUGAUGAUCUCUUGCCUGAGGUGUUCAAGAUUCUGCUUCAUUUCAUAUACAAUGACUCGUUGCCGGAGAUGGAGGUGCAAGAGGAGGCUGCGAUGGCUCAGCAUUUGCUUGAAGUAGCGGACAGGUAUGACAUGCAGAGGCUCAAGCUGAUUUGCGAGGAGACGUUGUGCAACUACCUAGAAGUGAGCAUGGCCGCAAAACCACACUGGUGUUGGCUGAACAACACAACUGACAGGGACUAA